AGCUAAACAAAACACAAAACAAACGGACGAUAAAGCAGAUUUACUUCCUGCUGUAUUUUGUGCGUGAAUUUUCCAACGUUUUCCCUGUUUAAUGUGCCGUAUUUGGAGUGUGUGAUAAUCGGACAUUUUCCGUACCGCUUCCUGCACCGAAUGUGGUUACCAUUAGAAUGAAAGUCACGGUUAAAAGUUGGAUGGGUGUCGCUGUCUGGAAAUGGUUGGCCAACGAUGACAACUGCGGCAUCUGUCGUAUGGCGUUCGAGGGCUGCUGUCCCGACUGUACACUGCCCGGUGACGAUUGUCCGCUCGUGUGGGGUGCCUGUUCCCACUGCUUCCACAUGCACUGCAUCGUAAAGUGGCUCAACUCGCAGGCAAACCAGCAGUGCCCGAUGUGCCGACAGGCGUGGAAAUUCAACGACAAGUAGGAAGGCACAUGUUCAGGUGUCGUCGUCAUAACGCGCGUGCAGGCAAUGAUAAUAAUUAUAAUCUAAAGAUAAUGGUGAUGACCGGACACGAACUAGCUUUUGUAAGGAGUAUGGUCGUUUAAGCAGCAAAUUCACACCCGGGACAGUAGUAGCUGAAAAGGGCUGAAAGUUAUUAGGAAGGUGUGAAAGUGUUCACGAGUUAGAAUUAGUGCAGUGUAAUGCAGGCAAGCGUCGUGCUGUGUGCUCAAUAUUGGCCAUAUAGAGUGUAAUCCGUAUCAGGUGCCUGUGCAGAUUUCGGUUUGUGUGUAUGAGGGGCUAGAUGUGUUUCUAGCAUUGUGCAGAUUGUUGGCCGAAACACCGGAAGGUGGCCGUGAAAAAGUGCUAUUAGUGCAGUGUUACGCCUAAAAUAUUCCGUAACAUUCAUCAGCGUCAUUUCCUGCACAUCUUUCCUUGUAGAGUUCUUGUGCAAACCAAGCUACAACGAUUUCAUA